AUGCAGUUCUCUCUCGCCUGUCUCGCCGCCAUCCUGGCCACCAGCGUCUCUGCUGCUCCCGCUCCCGCCGUCAACAUGAUGGCCGCCAGCCCCCAAUGGACCAUCGAGAACAUGCAGCGAAGCUGCGCCAAGGACGACAGCUCCUGCACCUGGAACUUCAAGAUCGACACCCACAAGGGUGCCGCCACCGGCUGCAAGUACGUCGUUAAGGGCAGUAAGGCGUCUCAGCGCAACGGAGGACCGGUCAAGUGCGGUGACUUUACCAUCACCUCUGGCUGGAGUGGCCAGUUCGGUCCUGGAAACGGAUUCACCACUUUCUCUGUUGUUUCUUCCAAGCGACAGAUCGUCUGGCCUGCUUAUACCGACAAGCAGGUCCAGAGCGGAAAGGUUGUUAAGCCUGAUCAGUCUUAUACCCCUGCCAACCUUCCCAACUAA